ACGACUCGGUGCCCGCAGUCUUGCCAGAUGACUCGGUGCCCGCAGUCUUGCCAGACGACUCGGUACCCGCAGUCUUGCCAGGCGACUCGAUGGCCAGGUGCCUGCCACUCCGCCUGGGGGCCCGGUGCCUGCUGCUCCGCCUGGUGGCCAGGUGCCUGCUGCUCCGCCUGGUGGCCCGGUGCCUGCUGCUCCGCCUGGUGGCCCGGUGCCUGCUGCCCUGCCUGGUGGCCCGGUGCCCGCUGCUCCGCCUGGUGGCCCGGUGCCCGCUGCUCCGCCUGGUGAUCCGGCAUCCAGCCUGAUGUGCCUCCGUCCGGUGCCCAGCC